AUGGUGGCUUUCAGCGCUGGUGCGCUCUUAUUGGCGCUGCGCGUCCUCAUCACCGCCGCUCCUUCCACAGCUGCUCCUGUCGCAGCACCAGUACCACAAGCAUCAACUGCGCCGGCCGCAGCUUCCGGUUACUGGUUCGCCAAUAUCGAGCGUAAAGGUGUCGCUCCUUACAACGCUGACAAGGAUGCCUACAAAGUCUUCCGAAAUGUAAAGGAUUACGGUGCCAUUGGUGAUGGCACAACCGAUGAUACUGAGGCCAUAAACAAAGCUGUCGCUGAUGGUAAGCGUUGCGGCGAGGGCUGCGACUCCUCCACCACCACUCCCGCCAUCGUCUACUUCCCCGCUGGUACCUACGCCGUCAGCGCCCCAAUCAUUCAAUAUUACUACACUCAGUUCGUUGGUGACAUCAACAACCUUCCUACUCUCAAGGCCACUGCUGCUUUCGAGGGUAUGGCUGUGGUUGAUGCUGACCCGUACAUCCCUGGUGGUGAUGGUGCCAACUGGUACACCAACCAGAACAACUUCUACCGUCAGAUCCGCAACUUCGUCAUCGACAUCUCUGCAGCCAAAGCCACUGCUGGUAUCCACUGGCAAGUCUCCCAGGCUACCUCUCUCCAGAACAUCCGUUUCGAGAUGGCCAAAGGCGAUGCUGGCAAGGACCAAAAGGGUAUCUUCCAGGACAAUGGCUCCGGUGGUUUCAUGACUGACCUCACCUUCAACGGUGGUGGUAUCGGCGCUUUCCUCGGCUCGCAGCAGUUCACCAGUCGCAACAUGACCUUCAACGACUGCGGCACUGCCAUAUACAUGAAUUGGAAUUGGCUCUGGACCAUGAAGAGCAUCUUCAUCAACAACUGCAAGGUCGGUCUCGACAUGGCCAACAGCCCCUCUAACCAGACCGUUGGCUCUGUCCUCAUGCUUGACAGCAAGCUUGUCAACACUCCCAUCGGUGUCAACACUUCCUUCACUCAGGACAGCAUCCCUACCACUGGUGGCACCCUCAUCCUCGAGAACGUUGACUUCACUGGCUCUGAGUCAGCUGUUGUUGGCGCUACUGGCAACGUCCUCGUCAAGGGUGGCAGCAAGGUCGAGGCCUGGGCUCAGGGUAACGCUAUGGCUGCUGGCUCCACUCAAGGUCGUGUCCAGGGUGACAUUAACAACGGCCCCGAGAAGCCUUCGGUCCUGCAGGGCGAGAAUGGCUGGUUCGAGCGCAGCAAGCCCCAGUACGGCGAUGUUGAUGUCUCAAAGUUUGUCAGCCUCAAGUCUAAGGGUGCCAAGGGCGAUGGCUCUACCGAUGACACUGCCGCUAUCCAGGCUGCUAUUGAUGGUCUCCAGGAUGGCGAGAUCCUUUACGUCGAUCACGGUGCCUACCUUAUCACCAAGACCGUUGUCAUUCCUGCCGAGAAGAACGUCAAGAUUCAGGGUGAGGUCUAUCCCAUGUUCUUCAUCACUGGCGAAUUCUUCAGCAACAUGGACGACCCUAAGCCCGGUUUCCAAGUCGGCGCCAAGUCCGGUGAUAAUGGUACUUUUGAGAUGAAUGACGCUAUCAUCGGUACCCAGGGUCCCGCUCCCGGUGGUAUUUUGAUGGAGUGGAACAUUAACGCCGAAGCUGGCAAGGCUGGUCUCUGGGACGUUCACUUCCGUGUUGGUGGUUACGAAGGCACCAAGCUCCAAUCUUCCAACUGCGCAAAGAACCCCAACGCCACCCACGACGCGAACUCUGAAUGCAUAGGUUCCUUCAUGCAGCUCCACAUCACUAAAUCGUCCAGCGGUUACUUCGAGAACGUCUGGCUGUGGACUGCUGAUCACGAGCUUGACCAGGCCGACCAUGGUCAGAUCGACAUCUACAACGGUCGUGGUAUGAUCGUCGAGUCCCAGGGUCCUGUCUGGCUAGUCGGCACCGCUUCUGAGCACUCUCAGAUGUCUCAGUACCACUUCCAGGGCGCAAAGGAUAUCUGGUACGGCGCCAUCCAGACAGAGACGCCUUACUACCAGCCCAACCCCAAGGCCGACGUACCCUUCACCAAGAACGACAAGUACUUUGACCCCGAUUUCGCCGAGGGUUCCACGUCUGCCUGGGCUGUCCGUGUCAUCGACAGCUCCAGCAUUUGGAACUACGGUGCUGGUACCUACUCCUUCUUCAGCAACUACGACCAGGAGUGCGUCUCUAGCCAGAGCUGCCAGGAGCACAUUAACGAGAUCACAAACUCUUCUAACGUCAACUGGUUCGGUCUGUCGACCAAGGCUUCCGUCAACAUGAUCACCUCCAACGGCAAGGGUCUUCUCAAGGAUGCCGACAACCGCAGCAACUUCUGCGCUACACUGGCUAUCUUUGCGCAGCCAUAGAGUGAGGUCGGGCUUGAUGUUGCAUGAGUAGUUGUUCAUUUCUUUCCCAUUACGAUGGGCCUUGUUUGAGCACAGAUAUCUCGUCUGUGCACUUUCACCAUUCGCUACGAGCGAUAAACUGGCACGAUAGCGAUGGAUAGCUGAACAUAUCUUAUACCCUGGGCUGGAGUUUGAAUUAAG